UUCACCAAUCACCUCAUCUCCCCCUACAUUAUGACUCCCUCCCUUCCUUUCCAGACCUGAAGAAGGAUUCGGUCUGAAACGCCAACUGUUCACUCCUCUCCAUAGUUGCUACCUGCUCACGUGAGCUCCUCCAGCAUUUUGCAGGUGUUGCUUUGGAUUUCCGCAUCUGCGGAUUUUCUCCUGUUUGAACCAAUGCGCAUGCGCGGUCGGCGCGACCAAUCCCGGAUAUCGCGCAUGCGCUGAGUAGACGAGAAGCUGACAACAUUCGGACGCAGGUUUGAAAUGGCAGAACACUUGUGCACGGGAAUCUCAAACCCAACAACACAUCAGUUUUGCUGACUCUGGAUAUUGAAGGAGUGACCAGAUAUUUUCUUUGCAACACCAACGCAUCUGCUGUCGAUCCUUGGAGAUGAAGAAUUAUCUCAACCUGAUUGGUAAUGUAUUCUUUGUCUGAAAUGAAAUUUUCUGUUCUAACUCUGUGAAAUUCGUUGGAAUCGGGAGCUGAGAACACACAAACAUUUGUUCACUGGAGAUCUUCAACUGCAUUGAUUGUACAAGGGAUUCAAAUGUCUGACUUUCUGAAUUGAUCGCAGUGAAAUAUCAUUCUCCUUCUCUCAGUGUGGGAAGGGAUUCACUCACAGCCUACCCACAGACACGCCAGUGAGUACAGGGCAUUCACCUGCUCUGUGUGGGAAGGGAACUACUCGGUCAUCCAGUCUGAAGAUACGUUAGCAAGUUCACAUCAUAGUGAGAUUUUCCACCUGUUCUGCAAGCGGGAAGCCAUUCUGUUAUUGAUGGUAAAGGUAUAUCAGAAAAUUCACCAGUGAGAGGACAUUGACCCACUCGGACGGUGGGAAGGCAUUCACACACUUAACCACACCACAGUGACACCACCGAGUUCACACCGGGGAGAGGCCAUUCACCUGCUCUGUGUGGGAAAGGGUUCACUCAGUCAGGUAAUCUGAAGUCGCACCAGCGAGUUCACACCGGGGAGAAGCCACUCACCUGCUCAGGCUAUGGAAAGUGAUUCACUCACUCCUCCAGCUUACAGAGACACCAGCGAGUUGACAUUAUGGAGAAACCAUUCACAUGCUCACACUGUGGGAAAGGAUUCAUUCAGUCAAAUCAGCUGCUACAACAUCAGUUACUUCACGUUAAGGAGAGGCCAUUCACUUGCUCUGAAUGUGGGAAGGGAUUUGCUAGGUCAUCUGAACUGAAGUUACAUCAGCGAGUUCACACUGGGGAGAAGCCGUUCACCUGCUCUGAAUGUGGGAAAGGAUUCACCAGUUCAGGUAAUCUGAAGGAACAUCAGCGAGUUCACACUGGGGAGAAACCGUUCACCUGCUCUGAAUGUGGGAGGGGAUUUGCUCAGUCAUCUAAACUGAAGUUACAUCAGCGAGUUCACACUGGGGAGAGGCCGUUCACCUGCUCUGAAUGUGGGAAAGGAUUCACCCAGUCAGGUAAUCUGAAGUCGCACCAGCGAGUUCAUACUGGGGAGAAGCCAUUCACUUGCUCUGAAUGUGGGAAAGGAUUUGCUGGGUCAUCUGAACUGAAGUUACAUCUGCGAGUUCACACUGGGGAGAAACCGUUCAGCUGCUCUGAAUGUGGGAAAGGAUUUGCUAGGUCAUCUGAACUGAAGUUACAUCAGCGAGUUCACACUGGGGAGAAGCCCUUCACCUGCUCUGAAUGUGGGAAAGGAUUUGCUAGGUCAUCUGACCUCAAGUUACAUCAGCGAGUUCACACUGGGGAGAAGCCGUUCAGCUGCUCUGAAUGUGGGAAGGGAUUCGCUCAGUCAUCUGAACUGAAGUCACAUCAGCGAGUUCACACUGGGGAGAGGCCGCUCACCUGCUCUCAAUGUGGGAAGGGAUUUGUUCGGUCAUCUGAACUGAAGUUACAUCAGCGAGUUCACACUGGUGAGAGGCCGUUCACCUGCUCUGAAUGUGGGAAAGGAUUCAUCCAGUCAAGCCAACUGCUACAUCAUCAGUUAGUUCACACUGGGGAGAGAUCAUUCACCUGCUCAGACUGUGGGAAGGGAUUCAUUCACUUGUCCAGCCUACAGAGUCACCAGCGAAUACACACUGGGGAGAAGCCAUUCACCUGCUCAGAUUGUGGGAAAGGAUUCACCAAUUCAUUUCAUCUGAAGGAGCAUCAGCGAGUCCACACUGGGGAGAAGCCAUUCACUUGCUCUGAAUGUGGGAAGGGAUUUGCUCGGUCAUCUGAACUUAAGUUACAUCAGCGAGUACACACUGGAGAGAAGCCAUUCACUUGCUCUGAAUGUGGGAAGGGAUUUGCUCGGUCAUCUGAACGGAAGGUACAUCAGCGAGUUCACACUGGGCAGAAGCUGUUCGCCUGCACUGAAUGUGGGAAGGGAUUUGUUCGGUCAUGUGAACUGAAGUUACAUCAGCGAGUUCACACUGGGGAGAGGCCAUUCACCUGCUCAGACUGCGGGAAAGAAUUCAGACACUUGUCCAGCCUACAGAGUCACCAGCGAGUUCACACUGGGGAGAGGCCGUUCACCUGCUCAGACUGUGGGAAAGGAUUCAUUCUGUCAAAUCAGCUGCUACAACAUCUGUUAGUUCACACUGGGGAAAGGCCAUUCACUUGCUCUGAAUGUGGGAAAGGAUUUGCCCAUUCAGGUAAUCUCAAGUUACACCAGCGAGUCCACACUGGGGAGAAGCCGUUCACUUGCUCUGAAUGUGGGAAGGGAUUUACUCAGUCAUAUAAGCUGAAGUUACAUCAGCGAAUCCACACUGGGGAGAGGCCAUUCACAUGCUCAGACUGUGGGAAAGGAUUCACCCAGUCAGCAAAUCUCAAGUUACACCAGCGAGUUCACACUGGGGAAAAGCCAUUCACUUGCUCUGAAUGUGGGAAGGGAUUUGCUCAGUCAUAUAAAUUGAAGUUACAUCAGCGAGUCCACACUGGGGAGAGGCCAUUCACAUGCUCAGUCUGUGGGAAAGGAUUCGCCCAUUCGGGUAAUCUCAAGUUACACCAGCAAGUUCACACUGGGGAAAAGCCGUUCACUUGUUCUGAAUGUGGGAAGGGAUUUGCUCAGUCAUAUAAACUCAAGUUACAUCAGCGAGUCCACACUGGAGAGACGCCAUUCACAUGCUCAGACUGUGGGAAAGGAUUCACCCAGUCAGCUAAUCUCAAGUUACACCAGCGAAUUCACACUGUGUAGAAGCCGUUCACCUGCUCAGACUGUGGGAAAGGAUUUACAAAGUCAGGUGAUCUGAAGAUACACCAGCGAGUUCACACUGGGGAGAAGCUUUUCAUCUGCUCUGAAUGUGGGAAAGGAUUUGCUAGGUCAUCUGAACUGAAGUUACACCAGCGAGUUCACACUGUGUAGAAGCCGUUCACCUGCUCUGAAUGUGGGAAAGGAUUCAUCGAGUCAAGCCACCUGCUACAUCAGUUAGCCACAAGCUACAAUGGAGAGGCCAUUCAUAUGCUCAGAAUGUGGGAAGGGAUUCACUCGCUCGUCCAGCCUACAGAGACACCAGCGAGUUCACACUGGGGAGAGGCCAUUCACAUGCUCCGACUGUGGGAAAGGAUUCACCCAGUUAGGUAGUCUGAACUUACACCAGCCAGUUCACGCUGGGGAAAGGCCAUUCACUUACUCUGAAUGUGAGAAAGAAUUCAUCCAGGGAAGCCACCUGCUACAACAUCAGUUAGUUUACACUGGGGAGAGACCAUUCACCUGCUCAGUCUGAGGGAUGGAUUCAUUCACUUGUCCAGGCUGCAGAGACACAUGCAAGUUCACACAGGGAGAUGCCCUUCACUUGCUCUGAGUGUGGGAAGAGAUUUGCUUGGUCAUCUGAAUGGAAAGUACAUCAGCGAGUUCACACUGGGGAGAGGCCAUUCACCUGCUCAGACUGUAGGAAAAGUUACAUUCUGUCAAAUCAGCUUCUACAACAUCUGUUAGUUCACUUUCAGGAGAGGUUAUUCACUUGCUCUGAAUGUGGGAAAGGAUUCAAGUUAGGUAAUCUGAAGUUACAUCAGCGAGUUCACAAAGGGGAGAAGCCAUUCACUUGCUCUGAAUGUGGGAAAAGAUUUGCUCGGUCAUCUGAACUGAAGUUACAUCAGUGAGUUCACACUGGGGAGAGGCCAUUCACAUGCUCAGACUGUGGGAAAGGAUUCAGCAAGUCAGGUAAUCUGAAGUUACACUAGUGAGUUCACACUGGUGAGAAGCCGUUCACCUGAUCUGAAUGUGGGAAAGGAUUUGCUCUGUCAUCUGAACUGAAGUUACAUUAGCGGGUUCACACUGGGGAGAAGCCGUUCAUCUGCUCUGAAUGUGGGAGAAGAUUCAUCUGGUCAAGCCACCUGGUACAUCAUCAGUGAGUUCACACUGGGGAGAGGCCAUUCAUUUGCUCAGACUGUGGGAAAGGAUUCACCCAGUCAGGUAGUCUGAAGUUACACCAGCGAGUUCACACUGGGGAGAAGCCAUUCGCUUGCUCUGAAUGUGGGAAGGGAUUUGCUCUGUCAUCUGAACUGAAGGUACAUCAAUGAGUUCACACUGGGGAGAGGCCGUUCACCUGCCUUGAAUGUGGGAAAGGAUUCAACAGGUCAGGUAAUCUGAAGGAACAUCAGCGAGUUCACAUUGGAGUGAAGCCGUUCACCUGCUCUGAAAUUUCAAAGGGAUUUGCUCUGUCUUCUGAACAGAACUUACAUCAGCGAGUUAACACUGCCGAGAAUACCGUUCACCUGCUUGGACUGGGAAGGGAUUCAUUCACUCGUCCAGCCUACAGAGUCACCAGCAAAUUCACAGUGGAGUGAAGCCAUUCACUUGCUGUGAAUGUGGGAAGGUAUUUGCUCGGUCAUCAGCAAGUUCACACUGCGGAGAGACUGUUCACCUGCUUUGAAUUUGAAACACACCACCCCCUCUGCCUGUUAACCUAUCUUUCUGAUGCACCAUAUAUCCUUGGACAUUCAGCUCCCAAUGGCAGCCAUCCUUUAGCCAAGUUUCAGAGAUAUGCACAACGUCAUACUUGCCAAGCUCUAGCUGAAUUUCAAGAUCAUCCAUUUUAAUUUUUAUGCUGCAUGUAUCCAGAUAUAUCACUUUCAGUCCCAUAUUGAAUUAACUUCAGCGAGUAAACACUGGGGCCAAACUGUACAACUGCUCAGACUGCGUGAAGGAAUUUACCCAGUCAUCCCAACUGAAUGAACAUCACCGAGUUCGCACGGAGUAGAAACCGUUCAUCUGUUCCAACUGGGAAUGAAUUCACACUUCCAUCUCGCCUGCCUACGCACCAGACUGUUUUCAGCAGCAAGAGAACUUUGACCUGCUCGAGACUGUGGGAAGGCAUUCACACACUUAUCCACGCUGCAGAGACAGUGGCGGGUUCACACUGUGGUGAGGGUAGUCAACUGCUCUGAAUGAGGGAUGGGUUUCAAUCAGUCAUUCAUCCUUGUGUUGCCCGAUCGAGCUUUGUCACAUCUCAAAUUGGAGAGAUCAGAAGCUUGAGAGGACGUGAUUCACUCAGGUUUGCUGAACGUGUAUUAAUGACAGUGGUUCAGGGCAGGCUAUUUUUGAGCUUUCAGCAGUGGCCAUUCAGCAUUCAGGAUGGAUACUCAAAAAGAUCUUAAAGUUGUUCCCAGUGUCAGAGUGGACAGAGUUGGAGUGGAGACUUUCAGGCUUUACCUCUUUAAGGUUUCAGUGAAGAGAACCUUCACUCAGAGAAGGCAAAAUUAUGCUGGAGAUGGAAUUUUGCUGCCUUCUUUACAUUUGUUCAGUUAGAACAGUGGAGAUGCCAGGCAGGAUAGUGGAAAUCUCCUUUUGAAGGAUGUGGGAAGGCAGGGGACCCUCCUGUGUCCCUCAUAAAAAGGGGUGAGUUGUGGUCAUAGAUGAUUCGUUAGCGAAGGUAAUUGACUGGAUGAUCUGUGGGUGAGAAUGAGGUUCCAGGGUGGUAUGUUGUCUGGGACAUCUCCGAUCGAGCACUCAGUAUUUCGAAGAAGGGUGAACAGUGAAGGUUGUGGUCCAUGUGGGUAACGAUAUGGGCUGGUAGAGUAACGAGGUUCUGCAAAGGGAGUUCAGGGACUGAGGUGCUUAUUUAAAGGGCGGCUCAUCCUGGCCUGUGAUCUCAGGACAGCCACGUGCUUGGAAUAGGAAGAAUAUACAGUUUAACACGUGGCUAAGCAAUUGGUGCAGGAGAGAGGGCAUAAAAUUUUUGUAUUAUUUGAUCCCGCAAGGGUUGUUGUGUGCACAGGAGUGUGAGUGUGUUGUGGGAGCGGGGCCAUCAUUGAUGGAGGCUGAAGUGGGUUGACAUGUCUCUCUCCCUCACAUAUGCAAACACAUGCAGUGGGGUGUGAGGGAGGGGAGUGAGAAGGGAAAAGAGGAAUGAGGAGGAUGAAGUUAGUGCUCCUUCACAAAGUCCCAGACUCAACCAACCCUUCCCCCUCUGGAAUUGGUCCCAUCCCCUUCAUCAGGCUGGGGGUGGGCAUUGAGUUACCUUGCCAACAUUUUUAUUGAUUGUUUGAUAGCAUCUGGUUAACACACUUUGAUAAUAAAUUUAUGCUGAACUCGAGAAUUGAAGUGCACUGUUUGUAAAAUGUACUGAUGAGAAAUGGUCUCAGUGAAGGUCCGAGAGUGGAAAAUGAACCGGUGCUCAGCCCCACUGCUCCGUGCCAGACAAGAACCCCAUCGGAGUCUGUCCCAUCUGUCUGUGCUCGACACAUCUAGUUUUAAAGUUUCCUCUUUCUGUACCUGUCCCAGUGUCUUUUAUUUUCCUUCUUAACCCCAUUUUGCUGCCUUCUCCCCAUAACCUUUGGCACCUUUAUUGAUCAAGCACCGAUCAGCCUCUGUUUUAAAUAAACCUGAUAACUUGGGCCUCUGAGCUGUGGCAAUGAAUUCCACAGGUCCCUCAUCUCUCCAAAUUCAUGCUCUCUGGUAUUAGACAUUGUGACCCGGAAGGGAAAAAAAUGGCAGCUAUCUACGCUCUCUAUUACUCUCAUAAUCUGAUCAAGCUCUUUCGGGUCACCCUGAUCCUCCUCCACUCCAGAGAAAACAGCCCAAGUUUGUCCAAACUCUCCUGACACAGUAGCUCAUGCCUCUAAUCCAGACAACAUCCUGGUGAACUGCUUCGUUGCUGCCCUAAGCACCAGCGGUGUAAUGGGCUUUAAAUAAGUAAAUGGUGGGUUGUUGAUUAAUAAGGGUGUCAGAGGUGACAGAUAGAAAGCAGCAGUAUAGAGUUUAGAGGGAAAAUAGAUUAGUGGAGAAGACUCAAUGGAUGGAAUGGGUAUUUUAGUUCCUAUGACGUGUGGUAUAGUGGUGAGAUGGCAAAGCUAUUUGGAGGAAGCGGUGGGUGCAGGUAAGAAUGGGUGUCCAGGUAGGAGAUGGUGUUAAGCACCUUUUUAAUAUGUCUUCCAACCAACAACAAUUAACUCAGAGUGGAUCAAUCAUAAGUGCUUUUUACUUGCAGAAGGGACGAUUAGCAGUGCACAAGAACUGGUAAUAGCUUUGUCCAAAAACCAAACAUUGACAGUACAGUCACUCCAAUUGACACAAUUCCAAGGACAGGGUGGAUUCUGUUGUCUGCUGACUCAGUGUAUUUGGCAUUCUUCCAGUAACACUGCUGCGGGUCUGCAGUCAAGUGCUCAGGUACCAUUAGCAUUGUGUUGCCCGAACAUCAUUAGCAAAGCACUCUGGUACAAUACAGGUUCCAGCAUGUUACAGACAAAAAGUGUCAUUUUGGUACAAGUGAAGUACUUUUCCCCAGUGUGAAGCAUUCACACACCCCUCGCCCACUGUGAAAACUCUUCCAACCCCUACACUAGCCCCCAUUUCUGUUAAUACCUGCGUUCCAUGCAAACCUCACCAUCCGUGAAAACCCUUAUAACCCUACACCAAUUACCAUUUUGUAAACAAGCCUGAACCCUGUGUGACUUGUCAUCCCUGUAAAACCCUCCAUCAUCCACCCUGGUGCAUUCUGGUGACAGGUGGCAGGGCUCACACAACACUUUCACACUAGCUGACUUUUUUUAAAUAAACCUACCGAUUUGCAAGGUGAUCUUCACUAAACCCCUUCCUAUCUUUAGCUUCCCCCCUCCAACUUUCUGCUUUCCACAAGGAUUCCAUUCAUCUUUUCUCACUGAUCUCCCUUCUGGAACAUAUCCUUGCAAGCGAGGGAAGUUCUAUAUGCUCCAGUUUUCUUCCUCCCUCAGCUCUAUUCGUCCUUCCAGGUGAGGCACCACUUCACCUGCGAGUCUGUCAGGUUGAUCUACUGUAACUGAUGCUCCCAGUGUGGCCUCCGCUACAUCAGUGAGCCCCAAUGUAAAUCGGGACCCACUGUGUCAAGUACCUUUGCUCCGUCCACAACAAACAGAAUUUCCAGAUCACAAACAGGCGAAAAUCUGCAGAUGCUGGAAAUCCAAGCAACACACCAAGAAUCUUUUAAACGAUUUCAAGUUCCCGGGCCCCAAUCAUCUUAUUUUCACUGUGGAUCCCCAGUCCAUAUACACUGCCACCUCCCACUAGAAAAGUCACUGAGCUCUCCAUAUCCUUCUAGACACCAGACACAACAACUUCCCCUCCACCACCACUCUUCAGCUCUUUGUUUUGUUUGUCUUCUUUGUUUGAGCUGAGCUUUACCGUCACUUCCUGUCAUCUUGCAGUGAACUGGGGUUUGUCACGUGUGUGCAUGAUUUGGUGAAGAAUGUAGGUCGAACAGUUAGUGAAUUUGUGCAUGUCACCUAAACUGGUGUGUGCUGGAAGUGAGAGUUGUCUGAGGGAAGUGGGAUGGAGACCAGCUGGGGAAGUUGGCAUAGGAUAGGAGGCGGAACUUUACUCAAAAGCAUGUCUUCAGGAUGUCAAAAAAGACCAUUAUUCAGGUGAAGAUACAGCUUCCCUUGGGGCUCUGGAUUCAAAUAGACAAGACUGGUGAACUACAGUUCAGUUCAUCAGGAUUUAGGGUACAAAGCAGAAUAUAAGGUGUUGCUCCUCCAUCCUGAGCGUGACGUCAUCUAUUAGGGGAUCAAUUUGUCGAGUAGCUUCACACCAUCUAUCACAAGCAGAACUUCCCAGUGCCAAACAUUUUCAUAGUGAUUCCAAUUCCCGUUCUGACCUGUCCAUCCACGACCCCCUCUUGUGUCGGGAUGAGAACACCGUCAGGGUGGAGAUGCAACACCUUAUAUUCCAUACGAAUACUCCAACCUGAUGGCAUGAUUAUUGAUCUCGCCUUAUGAUAGACCAUCCCAACCCACACCCCGCCUUCCUAUAUUCUGCCCUCUGACCUCUUACUUCUCACCUGCCUCUUACUUCCUCUGGUUUCCCUCCUCCUCCCUCUCCUCUGGUCCACUCUCCUCUCCUAUCAGAUUCUUUCUUCUCCACCCCUUGACCUUUCCCACCUACCUGUCACCUUCCAGCUAGCCUCUUUCCCCUCCGCAUUUUUAUUUUGGCUUCUUCUGGUGACACCCAGCGCCCAGGGCAUGCCCUUUUCUUACUGUUACUGUAAAGUACGAGGUACAGAAGCCUGAAGGCACACACUAGGACUAGCCGAUUCAGGAACAGCUUCUUCCCUUCUGCCAUCCGAUUCCUAAAUGGACAUUGUACCCUUGGACACUUUAUCACUUUUUUUUAAUAUACUGUAUUUAUGUUUUUGCACGUUUUUAAAAUCUAUUCAAUAUAUGUGUACUGUAAUUGAUUUACUUAUCCCUGACUAUUAUUUUUAUUUCAUUUAUUUUUAUAAUUUUCUAUAUUAUGUCACAUACCCCGUGACCGGGUUACCAAACCAGCAGAAAUGGAAUAAUACGUUGGAGUCUGGUGGUACUGGAACUAAAAUUAUUUAUUAGUGAACUAAGUAAUAUAGUACUAUAAAAAGCAAAUAUACAUAUAAUACAGGUUAGCAAUGAUAUAUGCAGAAGUGUGGAAAUAUAAAUCAAAACCAAGCUCUAUCAAAGUCUAGGGGUAAAUGAAUAGUCUUAAGAUGAUGCAGAGUUCAGUUGAGUUUAAGUUUAAGAAGAAGCCAUAACACUAAAUUAUGUCUCUCUCUCUCUCCAUCUCAUCUCCACCCCGCCCCCACC